AUGUGGGGCAAGGUAGGAGCUGUAGAUUUAUCUGUGAUUGGAAAUGGAUAUAUGAUCGCCACAUUUCAAGAAAGAGAGGACUAUUUCUUUGCUCUAGAAGGAGGGCCGUGGAUGGUGCAGAAUCAUUACCUCACAGUCCAAAUGUGGAAGAGGAAUUUCAACCCUUGGAAUGAGAAAAUCCAAAAGGUUGCCAUCUGGGUCAGACUACCAGGAUUGCCAAGGGAUUAUUAUGAUAGAAAAUUCUUCUACAAUCUAGGAAAUAGAAUUGGCACUGCUAUUAAAGUGGGUGAAAUGACCCUCACCAAAGCAAGAACUAUGUAUGCAAGAAUGUGUGUGGAAGUGGACUUGAAAGCCCCACUUCUACUGGCUUACUCGGUGGAUGGAAAAAACCGCAAAAUUGAAUAUGAGGGGCUACAGCUUAUUUGUUUUAAUUGUGGAAGGUUUGGGCAUGAUGCUGAACACUGCCCAUUGAAGAUGCAACAAGGUUUGAAGGAAAGAGAGAGAGGAGAGGAAGGGUCCAGGCCGGAAACAGAAAAUGCUCACCAGAAAGGAAUUGUGGAAGGAGGGACGGCAAAGGAAUACGGUAUAGGCUUAAUUGGACUGGACUGUGGGCCCAAAGUCAAACAGGAUGGAAUGAUGGUUGAGAAGAUAAUGGACAAUUUUUUAAAUAUCCUACCCACGAAUGAGGAAGGAAUAUUGACCAGUGAGGAAAACAAACCACCACACCUAGUGGACAACAUGGAAAUGGUGGGCCUACCUGUUGUGGAAAGGAUGAUUGGGGAGCAAGAACAAGAGGAUUUGCUUUAUGAAAUGAUUCAGGAGGGCCAGGGAGGGCGUCUAGAGUUCACCUAG